UCGCCCUCUACAGUACGUACACGCGGUACGCGUGCACGCCAACCGUCGAACGAUAAAAUGCUAACCAUGCGCCCGUGUUCCAAAAUCUCGGCCCUUCUGGCUUCUGUUCUGCACCUGACUCCUGAGGCUGAGCUGCGCUCAUUCUUCGUGUUCUAAUUUUGUUUCAUUUUGUUCCAAUCCUUCAAGUAUUAGUUGGUUUCACGUUCCAAAAGCUGGGGGUUGGGCGAAGGCAUUCGCCACCCUCUCGUCUCUGUCGACAAUGACAACGGCGGAGGAGUCUCUUCUGCAAGAUUUGGGUUUGGUCAGAGGUGAAAUCGCGUACCUCGGAGCUUUCGCGGUGAGGGAUGAAGACGAGAUUGGUCGCGGAUCUGACGCAGUCGUGUAUCGGGUAGAAUGGCAAGGCAUUCCCGCGGCUGCGAAAGUGCUGCACUCUCUCCUCGUACAACGAGGUGUGCACGGAAGAGAGGAUAAGCUGCGACGCUUUGGUGCUGAAAUUAGCAAUCUCUCUCGCCUUCACCACCCUAACCUUUGCCAAACGCUUGGCAUAGGAUCCACUGCCGAUCGUGGUCUGCCUGCAUUGGUAGUCGAGCUCUUCGAUCGCACUUUGCAUGAAUGCAGCAUCGGUGAAGGCAGGUUGGACGAUCUAACCCUGAUGUCGUUCCUGGAGCACGCUAUAGCGGGUGUGUGCUAUCUGCACAGCAACGAUCCGCCAGUGAUUCAUCGUGACCUGACUCUGCGGAACGUGCUGAUCAAGGGUAAUGUCGCGAAACUCGCUGAUUUUGGAGUUGCUCGAGUUACCCAAAGGCAUCUGGUCGGACUCUUGGCCGACCUCACCACGUGUCCUGGGACUCAUUUGUACAUGCCUCCGGAGGCCCUCUCCGAGUUGGCCGUGUACACUGAAUCACUGGACAUAUUCUCGUUCGCUGUGCUAGCGACAAGCGUCCUGACUGGAGCCGAUCCGUCGCGAAACCUUCUUAGCUCACCCAGGGCCAGAGUUGUGGAGAGAGUGGAUGGAGUAUGUGAGGAGAGGGUCAUUAGUGAAGUCGAACGCCGCCAGGUAGACUUGGCCAGGAUACCAGACGACCAUCCGCUGAGGCCUGCCAUCAUCCGCGGCCUUUCCAACAGUGCAGAGGAUCGUCCGAUGGCGGAGGAAAUGCACGAGUUUGUGAAAGUUGCGCAAAGAGACCUAGCCAUGAAUGUGCAGGACGAUUGCGCUGAGCAGCGGUUGGAUGCCAUGGAGGGUAGGUUACAGGCCUUGGAACGGACAAGAGAUGCCGAGCCAGUCGGAUCUGAGGUGCUGGACCGAAAUCAGCUGCUGGAUCGGCUGGCUGCCUUUGAGCGGCAGCUGGAGCGAGUGACCAUGAUCGCGGAUCGCACGGUAUCAAUGGACGAGAGACUAAGUAAGGCAGUCGCCAGUCUGACCCACACUGCUGAACAGAAUGUGCAGGACGAUCGCGCUGAGCAGCGGUUUGAUGCCAUGGAGGGUAGGUUACAGGCCUUGGAACGGACAAGAGAUGCCGAGCCAGUCGGAUCUGAGAUGCCGGACCGAAAUCAGCUGCUGGAUCGGCUGGCUGCCAUGGAGCGGCAGCUGGAGCAAGUGACCAUGAUCGCGGAUCGCACGGUAUCAAUGGACGAGAGACUAAGUAAGGCAGUCGCCAGUCUGACCCACACUGCUGAACAGCCUCAUCUUCCCACUGUGCAACCAGCUGUUGUACGGCGACUGGACUCUACCUCUGAACAGCUAACCCAGCAAGCUACAUCCGUCACUGCACUGUCGGCGCGGAGUGAUACGCUAGAAGAGCCCAUUACCAACAACCAGACAACAACACCAGAACAAUUGACCGCAACACGGCAACAACUGACUGCAGCGCAGCAACAACAACUAGCUGCAACAGACGAGGAAGUGACUCAGCAGGCUGAACCUUCGGUAGCUGCAAGCACAACCAAAUCAGCGGCUGUUGUAUUGAUGGUGGUCAUUGUCCUCGGAGUUCUUUCAUACGUGCUGUGGACAGUUCUAUUGAGUCAGGCCAACGGCACUACAGUUGCAAGCUCAACUCAAUCCGCUGUGGAUGGAAGAUGCCAUGUCUUUCCUUUCAUGCACCUACCAAGGCAGAUUUCAAAGAUCAAGCGAAGCAAGAAGGCUAAAGAUACAGCAGCUGCUAACACAACUGAAUCAUCCGUUGCUAGAGGAUAUCAUGUCUUACCUGCUAUGCCAACACCAACACAGAUUGCAAACAUCAAGAAGCGCAGAAAGUGGAUCAAGUCAGAAGUACAGCAGCAUGGAGAACAUGCCAUGCUUGCCACGUACAGUGACAAACUGGUUGCUGUGUGGUCUGAUGGUGUGAGCAUCACCAAGAUCUUGGAGACAUCAGACCUGCAGACAUGGCACAAUAUUGACCUACCAAGUGUAUACAGUAAGCUGCAAUGCCCAUCACUGGCAUCCCAUGGUGGUAUGCUGUACAUGCACUGUGUAACGCAGACCAAGACAUGGUUUGGCACCCCCAGGAUUGUGCGGUCUAUCCUGCAGUACUGUGACACACCAGAUACCGUAGAUGGCAGCCGGGGUGGUGGUGGUGGUGGUGGUCGGUGGACCAAACUUACGGAUGUCCCGUCGCACUGUAACCAUGACUGGUGUACUCUACAUGUAUGUGCUGAUGCUAUUUCUGUAUAUGGUGGCAAGCAUUAUGGAACAUUUCACAAUCAUGUUAGUACCUAUUCUGUAGCUAGCAAGCAGUGGAGCUCUUCUUCACCAUCCAAUACUAGCCUAGUAUUACCUUCAUUGCCACUACCAUGCAGCGUUGCAUCACUUGUCACAUUCCCUGAUUCACUGUACUUAGUUGGUGGUACUACUGGUUGUUUUUUCAAACACCAUGAUGGUAGGUGGGUGUCCACCAGUCCACCUGAUGGUGUUAAGCUGGAGUUUAGUGCAGCGUGCGCACUGUCUGACCAUAGCAUGGUUAUUUGCCCCUACAGUCCUUCUGCUGAGUGUGUUGUAUAUGAUAUUUCAUCUGCUCAGGUCUAUCCACUACCAGCUAUGCCAGAGUACAGUUAUUCAAUUUAUUACACUCCAUCUCUCACACUGUUUGGCAGUACACUGGUACUCAGUGUAGGUGGAGAUGACAAUGACAAACUUGGUUCUCUAUACACACAGGAUAUGAGUGUGUGAGUGUAGUAGGUUACUAACUACAGUCAAUCACUGAUGAUAACUACAGUAUGCAAACUGUACUGCUUUUCACUUUCUUUCUAUUAUCAGAAAGUUGAUAAUCUUUGUUUUCAGAUCUCUCUGUCAAACUAUUUUUUUCAACCAAAAUCACUAUCUAGCCUAUCUAACCACUGUCUCUGCUCCACCUUGUCCCCUGGUACUGUCCCCGGGUACUGUCCCCCUGGUACUGUCCCCUGGUACUGUCCCCCUGGUACUGUCCCCCGGUACUUAUUUUUCUCACCCCACACCCUCUACUCUGUUAUCGGCCCUCUUAAGAGUUGUGUUCAUCACUGUUGAGGCUUCCGAUGGAAAAUAAAAGAAUACUACUACUGCUACUA